UUGUGUAUUCAUCCUCACGUGGUCACGUGAAUGACUAUUUACAAAAUGGCGGAACACGCCAAGUAAAUGUUUUUUGUCCGAUUUAAAAUAUGGUAAACAAAUGGCGACAUUUUUAAAAUUCACUACAAAUGUUUACCGACGAAAAUGUGUCAAAGGACAGUUGUUAUAACAAUUAUUGUGUUCGUAUCGUUUACAAACGGGGAAAGUUUUGACAACCGCGCAAGGUUCGACAAGGAUGGUCCAAGAAGUUUUAUUGCGCCGGAUAUAACUGAUUUGGAGCAAUUCCGACCGGAAACUCAACAACUUUCACCUAAAGAUGUGCCAAUUCUAUCGGAAUUCAAUUACUAUGAUACAGAAGUUCAAAGACAACUCAUUUUAUCUGGAAUCAGAAAUGACAUCAUCAUGUGGAACUUCCUUAGAGAAUCAGAGGUAUCCAGUGUCAUGGAAACCACGUGUCGAAAGUGUAUGGUUGCUGGAAAUUUAGACUGUAUUUCUAGUUUUUGUCGUCUGCAUUUUCAAAUGAAAACACCAAGGAAAAAAAUGAAAGAUGACGUUCAUCAAAAAGCAUUCGCUACUGGAACUGCAUUACACGGGGACAUCUUGUGUUCGCUGUGUAAACACACCCGUGACGUCAUGUGUACAAUGAAACUUUGUGUUGAUCCAGAAAGAGGCCAGAAUGCCGUUGAGAGUGGCGUCCAGUGUAUGCAGGGAUUCUGUCGGUGGCAAAAAGAAACUGUUACUAACACUGGAUUUAACAAUAACUAUCACGCGUGGUGGCAACCCCAAAAUCUAUUCUUUUUCUUUGACCACGUUACCAAGGAGAUUGCUACAGCCUAUAAUGAGUUGAUUGUGUCAACAAGCAAAGCGUUUCAUGGACUCCGUAAAACUAAUUAAUUAAAUAAUGACAAAGAACACCGUAAUAAAUUGUGUAAAAUUGGCACACAUUUAUGUAUCUCAAAACCGGAUAUUGCGACAUUGCGUGACUAUUUUUAGUAACAAUCUGAUAUGGUAUAUUAAAUGUAAAUUUCGCCAAUAAGAUUACAAUAAAAAGUUGAAUGCAUAGCAACAAUCUUGAUGUCAAUUAUCAAAUAAAAUAGAGAUAAAUAGAAUUCAGGACUAUAGAAC